AUGUAUGCAGACAAUAUAGCAUUGAUAGAAGAAAAUCUGGAAGAAGUUAAAAAUAUGAGAUAUAGAAAUUGGAGAGUAGUACUUAAAGAAAAGAGAUUAAGGAUAAUUAGAAGUAUACGUUUGUUGGAUCUGAAAGAGUUAACUAACCAAAAUAAGUGGUAUAGUCAAGGUAGAAAAUUUUAG